AUGCUCCAGCUCAUAAUAGUUGUGUUUGGCCUGUACAUAGUCUAUCUCCUGGAGACACAGCAUACUGAAGCAGCCAAGAGAAAAGACCUUGAGAACGAGGUAGAGAAGCUGAAAGAAGAGCUGAAGAAAUACAAAGUGUACGAGAGAAACUACCAAAAUCUAAAGAAGUCCUAUUUAGACCUAUUGGACAAGGCGGUAAAACAGAAAAAAAAAGGAGAAUAA